GAGGGAAAUAGUAAGGAGACAAAGAAGGGUCUGAAAAAUAAGAAAAGAAAAAGACAAAAAAAGAUGAAAGAGGUUAAAGGUGGGGAACGUGUCGUUACGUUUUGCGGUGGAAGCAUCACCUUUGCCUUUGUUUUUGUUGCAUUGCAAUUUGGAUUGAAAACUUCGUAUUAUGAAAAGCCGCCAAGGUGGUUGGUUCUUAUCGUUGCUGUUCCUAUGUUUUCCACAACAUAAACGCAAAAAAUUUAUCAAAAAAAUUUAAAAACAGAACGUUACCCAUUUAGUAUUUCUCUGUAUCUGAAAUGGGUCGUCGCCAAAACGACUCAGAUUUCGGUCGUUUCGCGCUUUUCACGCUCUUCUUGAUAGGCACAAUAUCAUGCUCCACGGUCUAUCUUUUCCUUACCGUGGUCUUCAGACCCAGCCCUGUACCCGUUUCUUCAAUGGACAAAAAUGGUGGUGUUGUUGUUGAUGAUGAUUUGGGGGGUUCUGAAGAAGGACAAUGUUGUAGAGGGAUUGAGCAUUUGGAGCUGUGGGGUGAUGCUGUCAAAUGGGGUUCUGAAUUUAGGGUCAAUUCCUCGGAGGAUUGUUGCAUGGCUUGUAAGAGAAUGUGUGGUGGUGAUGGAGGACCUUGUUUGUGUAAUUCCUGGGUGUUUUGCGGAGAUAGAGAGGCAUGUGGACCUAGAUUUGGUGAGUGUUGGUUAAAAAGACAAAAAGAUGCUUUAAAUCCUGAUCGACGAGACUCAGGGGAUCUAGUUAUGUGGACUUCUGGGUUUGUCUUUGGAAAGGAAGAGGGAAUUGUUGGUCUGGAAACUGACUAUGGAAAUCUUCAUAUAAAACUUUUGCCUGAAUGUGCUCCUCAUUCUGUUGCCUACAUUCUUGAGCUGUUGGCAUUGCCACAUUGUGUUGGCUGCCAAAUUCAUCGUGCUGAAAGCCGAGGAAGCUUUUGGGAUUCAGAAGGAAACCACAUUAAAAAAACUCCAUAUGGUCCUCCUUUUGCACUUAUUCAAGGAACAUUAGAAUCCCAUGGUUCUAUAUUCAAGGAUAUUCCAAAAGAAUAUUGUCCUUCCAUAAGAAGAGGAUCUAUUGCAUGGGUUGGUUCUGGUCCAGAAUUCUUCAUCAGCCUUGCUGAUCACAAGGAAUGGAGAAAUGCUUACACCGUGUUUGGCUCUGUUCUUGCUGAAGAUAUGGACAGUCUAGAGAAAAUUUCUCAUCUUCCAACUAAAUCAGAGAUUUGGAACAAUAUUAAUGUCUCUAUCUUGGAAAAUCCGGUUUCAUUACGGUUUCGGAGAAUGAACACUAGGUCUUAAAU